GAGACAGAAACAGACGAUCGGGGCUGAUCAGCGUCUAAUAAAUAUGUUUGUUCUCCAGCUGAUGUCGGGGUCUCUGCUCCUCCACCUGGUGAUGAGUUCAGGCUUUGGAAAUCACUCCCUGUGGGUGUUGUUCACUUACAUCUCAGGACCAACCCAGUUCCCAGAGUUCUCCAUGGUUCUGAUGGUGGAUGAUAUCCAAGUGGGGUACUAUGACUCAAACAUAGAGCAAAUCAUGAAGGUUGGUGCUGGAGGUGAGAAAGAGGCAGAGCUUGACCUGGGGCAGUUAUCGUUGAGUUUGUUGCAGAACAAUAUGGUGAAGAUGAGGAUGAGGUUGGACAUAGUCAGAAAACAACUAAAUCUGACCUCUCCAGGCGUCAACGUUCAACAGAGGGUGGUGGCUUGUGGGGUCCAGGAAGACGGUCAGCCUGAUUUCAUCACAUUAAGGGAAGGUGUAAAUGGUCAUGACGCUGACAGCAUCCAAUGUAACACAACCCACUUCCUGUAUGGCGGUGGUGAAGGUUGGGAUUUCCACUGGGACACCAUGAGGCAGAUGUACGAACAGAUGCGCUUCUCAAACGUCUACCUGCCCGUAUGUGCCCGGAUUCUGCAACACGUGCUGGAGAGCCACAAGCACCUGGUGAUGCGUCGUGUUCGACCUCGUCUACGCCUCCUAUCACAGCCGGGGGGGGGCGGGACCCAGAUCACCUGUCUGGCCACAGACUUCUACCCUCGCCACAUCAACCUGACGCUGCUGCGGGACGGUGAACCCGUGGACGAGGAGGAAAUGACCGCUGGCUCGGUGCUGCCCAACGGCAACGGUCUCUACCAGCUGAGGAAGACGCUGAUGGUGGAUGAAGAGGAGCUGCAGAGGAAGCACAAGUACACGUGUGCAGCGUCUCACCUGAGUCUGGACAACCGGCUGGACGUGAGCUGGAGGGCAGAGACUUUCCGCUCAUUCAGACUCCACGUCAUCUCUGCUCCCGUCGUCAUCCUCCUGCUGGUUGCUGCCAUCCUGCUGCUGGUGCUGAUGAUGAAGAUGAGGAAGAGGAAGAGAUCAGGGUCAGAGGGCACCAUGGAAACACAGGAGAGUCCCGAAUCCAGCACUGAUGAGGAAUCGGAGCCAGGGGUGGAGGACCGGGACAUGAAUGCUUCACCAAAGCAGUUUUCCUCCAAAUAA